CCAAGAUGGCGGCCGCCCACUCCUUUCCGUCGGGAAGCGGAAGGGCCGCGGCUCCCAUGAUGCCUCGGGGCGGCGGCCAUUCAAAUCGGUGGCUGGGGCCGGCGGCGGCCAGGAAAUGGCGGUGCCGGGCGGCGCGGGGCGGCCCCGUGACGGUGACGUCUCUCUGCCCCUUGCGGGCGAGCCGGGUCCGGUGUCGGUGGUGUUCCCGGGUGUGGUGACGCGCGAAGGCUGCUGCCGCUUCGCCUGCGAGCUGCUCAAGCACGUGCUGCACCAGCGCCACCAGCUGCCCCUGCCCUACGAGCAGCUGGCCCACUUCUGCCGCCGCCCCCGCGCCGCGCCGCCCCCGCCGGUUGAAGAUGUGAUUAAGAAGCUGCAUUCCACAGACUUGGGCAGCAAAAAGUGUCAGCAGGCGUUAGUGGAUCUGGAGGGGCUGUUCCAGCAUUUGGAAGCCAUGUUCCACCUGACGCUAGUCCCCCGGAUCCUUAUCCUGCUUGGAGGCAAUGCCAUGAAUCCUAAGGAGCUCUAUGAGAUCAACUUGGAGGGCAUCUGUGUGGGUAAUGCUGAGGAGAGCCUGCAAACACCAUCCUGUGUUCGUAAGCUCUUCCACUCGCUCUUCCUUGCAGAUGUCUUCAGUGAAUUACAGGCUCUCCCUGUCAUGGGCACCACUGUCAUGGUCCAAGGGCAUCGUGACUGUGGCAUUGACUGGUUUCGACCCAAGCUCAACUACAAAGUGCCAACCCGAGGGAGGAAACUGACUGUCAACUUGUCUUGCAGUGGAGAUAGCUGUACAAGUCCUUCUACCCACAUGGGAAUGACGUCUCCCUGGGAGGACUACAUAUGGUUCCAGGCACCAGUGACAGUCAAGGGCUUCCAUGAAUGACUCUUGUUGUACUGCAUUUUAGUAGGGCUUUUAAUAACUCUCUGGUGCUGCUUUACUUGACUUUUUAUCAAAUGUAACCACAUAUCCUCUCUUGCUUGAAGCCGUUCUCCAGGGCAUCUGCUACCUUCUGGCAUCUGGACAAUGUUCUGUUUUUUGUUUGUUUGUUUUUGUUUGUUUUUUUUUUUCAACAAUGUCUUAAAUUUCUCACUGCUACAUUGUCAGAGGCAAAUCCCUGUAGAGCACAGUUAUGUCCACAGAUGAAGGAAGGUGCCAGUUUUCUGGGGAACUGACUUGCAGCAGGUGAAACUGGCUAGUGGGUUAAAGCAACAUUAACUCUUCUGCAGCUUACCCACUCAACCAGCCAAUACUUGAAGUAGCUGUUUCGGGGAAUUUUUUUUCUCCAGGCUUAUUGUGGUGCUUAUGUAGUGUUCCCUUUCUGCUGGCUGGCAAAUCACUGUGCAAUGUUAAUGGGUGAAUCUGGACUUUCAUAAUCAAUGCUUAGAAUGAAUGAUACAAGGAGGUAAAUGCUAUAGGUGGUCUUACUAAGCACUCAGGAUCUCUUACCUUAUAGCAGGGUUGUCAACUCAUGGUCUGCAGGGCUGGAUGAUGAUUGCUGGAUCAGGACUGACUCCCUGUGCCAUGUGCAGGACUUAGUGCCAGGUUCAGCCUGUGCUUUGAGUGCAGCACAUGCUGCCCCAGAGCUUGCUGUGCACAUGGUGCGUAGGCUGGACCUGGGGCUGCAUGCAGCAUUGGCGGGGGUGGGGUCUGUGGCACAAGCUGCAUGUGGUGUCUUGCUAGACCACCUCUGGAGCCAGUGCACAAGCCAGUCUAGCCUUUGUGCUGCAUACAGGGUACGCCCUGGACCAAUAGCCUGUGCUGUGUUCUAUGCACACCCAGCACUGAGUCCAGCUUAUGUGCCAAAUGCAGCAUGCAGGGCCAGAGCCAGCAUGUGCCCCAUGCAGUGCAUGCAGUUGGUCUGGAUAUCCACGGGCUGAAUCAUAUGGCUCCAAGGGCUGGAUCGGGCCCACAGGCCAUAUGUCUGACAACCCUGUCUUACAGCAUGGUCAUAUUAGGAAGGAGAGUAAGGGUUGCUUAGGCAUGUCCUGUAAAGUACAAAUAUACAAUGCUGUAAGUUAAUUCACUUAACACAAAGGGUGAUGUUCCAAAGAUGGGGGAUCAUCAACAACAGUUAAUGCCUUCUAUCCAGCAGUUGAUAUUAUCUUUCUGUACUUCAGAAGAGUUUUCUGACCAGUUUCACAUGAACCUACUCAGUCUAGACUCUUACAUUUUCAGACUCAGUUUUAUGCUGUUUGAUCUAACUGGUGAGAAAAUGGAAGUAGGGCAGCAAGAUGACAUAGCACUGAGCUUCAUGUUCUGAGCUUGGAGUAGCCUGUGUUACUCAAAGGAAAAUUUUCCUGCUUUCAGAGUUGGUAAUGAGACUUGAAGGGAAUGUAUCCUCUCAGUUCUGCACUGUGGACAUGAAUGUAAAACCUAUUAAGAAAAGGAACUGUAGAUCCAAAGUUCAGAUCCAAAGUGCUGAUAAAGCUGCUCUAAUCCCUUGGUUAAGGGUGAUCCUACCUCUGACUUCAGCUUGUUUCUUUUUUUUAAUGUGACUGUCUUCACUGUACUUAGCGAGAGAUAGUGGCCCUUCAAUGGCAAAGUUGUUCCAGGUCUGUCAUUUUUUUUCAAAUUUGGCUAUUUCGGCCAUCUGGAACCUGCAGAGGAGAAGUAACCCAUCCAUAAAUGUGACCCACAUCUACCUUGUUUAAGACUUUAGAAUAGCAUAAAUUUAAGUCUAAGCUGGAACAGAGACCUGGACUUGGAAGGUAACUGUGCUCACUCAGUGCUUUCAGCCUGGAGAACAGAAGGUGCCCUGUGAGUGUCAGCAGUGCACUUUAAUAAUGACAGGUUUGUCAGUCAUGCCACAACUGCUGUUAUAUACAGAACUAGUGGCAUGCACUGUAAUACACAGCAAGAUGCCAAACUGACUUGUAUGGAGGCAGAAUUUCUAUAAACAAGUUGAAAAGCUG